AUGAAGCUCAUCUCCAAUAGCAUUCUGGCCAAGGAUGCGUCUGGCAGUGCCAAACUCCGGCCAGAAGAGCCCGAAGACAUGUGGCAUGCAUACAACAUUAUACGACCUGGCGAUCUAUUGACCGCCGCUGCAGUACGCAAAGUCAUUACGGAAGGAGCAAGCAGCAAAACUACCGAGGCUGCCACCAGCCGGUCGAGCAAGCGCGUCCACACGACACUCACGAUUCGCGUUCUCGGACUCGACUUCGACCCGCAAGUCGGCCAACUACACGUCUCUGGCCGAGUAGCCGUGGAAAAUGAACACGUCAUCCUAGGCGGCCACCACACGCUGGACCUCGAGCUGCAUCGCGACUUUACGCUCCAAAAGGAGGGAUGGGACAGCAUUGCACGGGAGGAGUUGAAGAAGUGUACCAACCCUGAAGCGAGGGUAGCGCUAUGGGCAGUGGUCAUGCAAGAAGGCAUGGCGCAUAUCUGUCUGGUGACGGAAUUUCAGACCAUAUUAAGGCAAAAGGUCGAGGUGCCAGUUCCCAAAAAGCGCGCAGGAUCAACGGAUCAUGAUAAGAAAAUCGAACGCUUCUACCAGAUCGUGUGGGACUCUCUCCUGCGACAGAUCAACCUGGACGACCCCAAACCACUGCUGCUCGCCAGCCCUGGGUUCACAGCGACUUCUUUCCAAAAGUACAUCAAAAGUCAGGCCGUCGACAGCGCGAACAAGCCGCUCCUGCAGUUCAUCUCGAAGAUCAUAGUGGCGCAUUCAGCGUCUGGCCAUGUACACAGCUUGAGCGAGGUGCUAACCAGCCCGGCUAUCAUCAGCCAACUGAGCGAUAAAAACUUUGCGCGCGGCUCCCAGCUCAUGGACAAAUUCUUGGAAAUGGUGCGAAAGGACGAMAUGCGAGCUUGGUAUGGACGCAAGGAAUGCCAGGCAGCCAUUGCGCAGGGCGCCGUUGGCAGGGGAGGCGGUGUACUCAUGAUCUCGAAUGAGCUGUUUCGAAGUCAGGAGGUUGAAGUCCGCAAACACUGGGUAGCAGUGGUAGACGACGUGAAGGAACAAGGAGGCGAGGUCAUUGUGCUUAGCAGCAUGCACGAAAGUGGGCAGCGAUUGGGAGCACUCGGCGGACUCGCUACGAUUUUGACAUGGCCGAUUGAGGAUCUUGAUGAAGGGCAUGUUGAAGGAGGAGAAGAUCUGCCAGAAGAUGGGAUAGGUGGAGAUGCACAUGGUAUUGAAGGUCGGACUGAGCCCGGAUUUGCAGACAAUAUGGAUGAUUUCAUGUAG